AACUUCAAAGGUUUAAUUAAAUGAUAAUGAUGAUUGGAAAAAUCCUGGGUAACACGAUUUAAGCCAAAUAUGAUCAAUCCGAAAUUAGGAACGAAAAGAAUGCAUUGAAAAAGCUAGAAAAAUAUUCGGGAAUGGUUAACGAUACGUUAAAUUCUUAAAAACGCAUGAAAUGCUCAACAUCCGAUGUAAAUAACGAUCCACGUGUUGCAACAAUGAUUUGGCUACGAACGAGCGUAAUCAUAAGCCCGUGCAGAAUUGUAAAACUAAGGUUUUAUAAGUAUGAUAAAGGAUUAAUCAUUGUUCUCCAGCAAGUAAAGAUGGUUCCAACGCUCCGUUCGGUUCAAGGAUUUCUCGUUACAAGAUAUGCGUUUAGCUCUGACCCUCAUAUAUUCCUGUUCGGUGAAUUUAGCAUUUAUCAGCAAUGUCACUCUAUAAAUACGACCAAUAGCCAACAUUUCCCAUACUUGUACCAGAUAAGGCACCAUAAUGAACUUGUAUACAAACUAACAUCGCACACUGAGGCCGUUUGAUAUGAAUAAAUAUAAUCAGAGAACGAACAUUUCCCACAUUGUCCAUGGUCAAUCAAAAGAUAAGUUUGACAUUCUCUUUGAACGGCUGACAUAUAUAAAAAGGUUUACAUUUAGCUUCCAGUGUCAUUGUUACAGUUACACCAGUGAUAUCAACAUGAUCAAGAUCAACAUUCUAUUUGCGUUUACUCUGUGUUGUACCAUCGUUGGUAUACAAUGUGCUCCAACUGCCGGUACAUCUAGUGCUGUUCAAGGUUUCGCUUUCGAAAUGAUCAUGACCAAACUGCAAUUUCUAGAAGAUCGUUCGACUGAGAAAGAAGAACAAAUGUUAACAAAGUUAAGUGAUUUGAUCAGUAGAAUGGAAAACAUCAUACAACACAAAAACGAUUCAAACAAAGUGCGUGAUAAUGUGUACACAUCCUGCAGCGAGGUUCCCUCUUCCGGAAUAUAUUCCAUUCAACCGGAUAACACCUUCGAGGAACCGAUGAGGGUGUUGUGUGAUCAAGAUUACGAAUCCGGAGGCUGGAUUGUAUUUCAACAUCGCUUUAACGGAUCAACGGAUUUCUAUCGGAAUUGGCAAGAGUACAAGAAUGGAUUUGGAAAUCUGGAAGGAGAGUUUUGGUUGGGUUUGGAUCGUAUUCAUCAGUUGACAGCUUCACGUCCACAUGAGCUGGUAGUGCUGCUGGAGAAUUUGAGGGGCCACAAGAUGCACGCCAAGUACGAUCAGUUUGAGAUCGGAGACGAAUACGAAAAAUAUGUAUUGAAGAAGCUACGUAAUUAUUCUGGAUCGCAUGGCGAUUUUUUUUAUCACGAUCGGGGCAUGAAAUUUUCUACAUUUGAUGCGGAUAAUGACAAAAGCACGAAAAAUUGUGCAGAAACAUUAAAUGGUGCAUGGUGGUUCGGUGUUUGUGGAUAUAGCAAUCUCAAUGGACCAUACGGAACUAUAGAUUACAUGACCUCAUUUUAUUCGUGGGGUGCUAUACUUAAAACUUCAAAAUUGAUGAUAAGACCAAAGACGGCUUAGUUCUUUAGUGAUGCAAUAUUUCUUAAAAGCGCAUGUAAAUCGUUAUCGGACGAUCCAAUUAAUACAAAGAAUAAAAAAAUUUAAACUACACAAAAUAAA